ACCAUGAAGAUCCCCUCCAUCAACCUUUAGACGACCACAAUCAGCAAACUAGCUUGAGGCUAGCCACCAUGAAGACAAUGUUCAUCCUCGCUCUCCUCGCCCUUGCAGCAUCCACCACCAUUGCCCAAUUGGAAACCAUCUGUAGCCAGGGCUUCGGACAAUGCCAACACCACCAACAAUCGGGGCAACAACAGUUGCUGGAUCAGAUGAAGCCAUGUGUGGCUUUCGUACAACACCAGUGUAGCCCAGUGAGAACACCAUUCCCCCAAACACAGGGGGAGCAGCAUAGUAGUUGCCAAACCGUGCAACACCAAUGUUGUCGGCAGCUGGUGCAGAUCCCAGAGCAAACCCGGUGCAAGGCCAUCCAGAGCGUGGAAGAGGCUAUCAUUCAACAACAACCCCAACAACAAUGGAAGCAGCCCCAACAGCAAGCACAACUUAAGAGCAUGAGGAUGUCGCUUCAGACCCUGCCGUCUAUGUGCAACAUCUACGUCCCGGUACAAUGCCAGCAACAGCAACAACUGGGGCAACAACAACAACAACAGUUGCAGGAGCAAUUAAAACCAUGUGCGACAUUCCUACAACAUCAAUGUAGCCCAAUGACAGCGCCAUUUCCCCAUACACCGGUGCAUAAGCCUACCAGCUGCCAGAACGUGCAGUCCCAAUGCUGCCGGCAGCUAGCACAGAUCCUAGAGCAAUUCCGCUGCCAAGCCAUCCAUAAUGUGGCAGAGUCUAUCAGGCAACAACAACAUCACCAACCACAUCAGGAAGCACAACUUGAGGUCCUGAGGAUGUCACUUCACGCCCUACCGUCGAUGUGCAAAAUCUACAUCCCUGUAAAAUGCCCAAGCACCACCACCACCCCCUAUAGCAUUACCAUGACAUCUAGCUAUACCGGUGGUACCUGUUAGUUGAUCAAUGUAGCAGUGGCAAAAUAAAAAUGUCAUGCAUCAUCAUGCGUGCCUAGUACUAAUUGCAACAUGGAAAUAAUGAACAGAUGUUCCUGAA